AUGGCACAUAAAAGUCCUCGAUAUUGUUUAUAUCGAGAAUUUGUUGAUGCUUUCAUGAAAGGUCACCCUGAAAUGACUCGAUGUACAUCACAUCAUAGUGCUCAAACUGAAUGGAAUGAAAUAAAAAAAGAUGAAGAAUUAGUUCGAAAAAAAAUAACUGAUUAUCUUGAUGUUUGGAAUAAAGCCGGUGCAACUACAACAACUAAUACUACUACUACUACUACUGCUGCUGCUGCUACAGCAAAAAAAUCUGGUCAAACAAAUGGUAAAAAAGGGCCAACAAAGAAAAGUACUCGUAAACGAACACAUUCAACUGAAGAUGAAGAUCCAAAUUAUGAUCCAAAUGUUGUUGAAUCUGAAACUCCAACAUUUACAAAACGUGCUAAUAAACAACCAACGGAAGAAAUGGAUGAUGAAACUUUAGCUAAAGAAAAACCAUGGAUUGCUCGUUCGAAUGCUAAAGCUGCUAAAAAGAAAGCUCAAGCUAAAGCUCAAGCUGAAAAAGAAGAAAGUGAAAAAAUUAAAACACCAGCACAAGAAUCUGUAUUAAAAGAUUUAAAAGAAAUAUCUGAACGUAUUGCUAAUUUAAUUCAAGUUAAAAGUAUGGGUUUAUUAACAGCUGAAAAUCAAAAAACAUUAAAAAAAUUAAUUGAACAAAAAAAACAACGUACAACAGAUUUAAAACGUCUUCAAUCGAAACAACGUGCAUCAACACGCUAUCGUGAAAGAAAAAAACGUCGUGUUGAACAAUUAUGUGCUUCUAAUCCUGAAGUAGCUGCUGAACUUUCAAAAAUAUUUCGACCAACAACAAUGAGAAUGCAAAUUGAAGAAGAUUGUCCGGAUCUUUUACAAAUUAUUGCAGAAAUUGCACGUGUUGGAGGAGCAUCUGAUAAUAAAGGCAAAGCAUGUGUAUCAUUAGAUGAUCUUAAAGAUAAAAUAAAAGAACGAGGAUAUGAAAUUCGAAAAUCUUCACUUUAUUAUCGUCUUAUGCCUAAUCGUGCAUUAUCACAUGAUGGUAAAAAACAUGUUGUUACUGUUCCUAUUCGUCUUCGUAAAUUACAAGGAAUUGCAUUACCACCACCCCAUGAAGAUUGUCAUUUUACUGCUGCUGCAUUAAGACAUAUCAAAGAUUUAGCAGGUAUUUUUGGUAAUGAUUGUGUUUUUUAUUUAACACAAGAUACUAAAUCCAAGGUUAGUAUUGGUCGACCUUCAGCUAAAGGUCAAGCACCACUUAUUAUGCAUAUGGAUUAUGAAAUAAGUUCAGCUGAACCACAAGCAACAUCAACUAUGACAAAUCAUCAACUUAAACCAUGUGUUUAUGCUGCAUCACUUAUUGAUGAAGCAGGUUUAAUUAGUUGUGUUGGUCCAACAUAUGUUUCUAUUCGAUCAGCUAAACAUGAUCGUAUAACACAUGAAACUCAUGCAAUUGAUUUUGAUCGUUUAGUACAAAUGAAAGAAUUUGAAAAAUUUGCACGCGAUCAUCUUGGUCGUGUUAAACCCAUUGUUGUUAUUAAUGUGGAUAAUUGUGGUUCAGAAAAUAAUACACGUUAUCCAAAAGUACUUUCAACAGCUAUUGAUAAAUUUAAAAAACAUAAUUUAGAUGCACUUAUUAUGACAACACAAGCACCAGGUCAAGCUUUAUUUAAUGUUGUUGAACGACGUUUAUCACCAAUGUCACAUGAUUUAGCUGGUCUUAUUUUUCCACAUGAUCAUUUUGGUACACAUUUAAAUGAUACAGGUGUAACUGAACAUGCUGAAUUAGAAAAAACAAAUUUUAAAAUGGCUGGCGAUGUUUUAGCUGAAGUUUGGAGUAUGAAUGUACUUGAUGAACAUCCUGUUGUUGCUGAAUAUAUUAAUCCAUCACCAUUAGUUGAUGAACAACUUAAAAUGGCUGAUAGUACAUUAACUUUAGAUAGCAUCAUUGAUCGAGUUUGUGCUGAAGAAGAUGAAGAAGCACCACUUGAUCAACGCGUUAGUCAAACACGUCCAACUACAACCAUUCCAACAACAGAAAUCAAGACCGAAUACGAUAUUGAUGAAUAUUGGUGUGCAACUCAUGUUCUUCAAACUCAAUAUACAAUACAAAUUAUUCGUUGUAAUAAUCCAUCAUGUUGUACACCAUGGCGUUCAAAUUAUAUUCAGGUAUUUCCUCAUCGGUUUCUUCCACCACCUGUACCAUUUAAUCGUUCAUCACGUGGUGUUAAAAUGGCUGAAAUUGAAUCAUCAUCAGCAGCAUUAAAUUCAAUUUCACCAUUUUAUGGUAAUCUUUUUCAACGUAUACAAUUUCAUGGUAUUGUUAUUAAUCGUACACAUAAUGAUUUAUUACCAUUUGAUGCAUGUUGUCCAUCUUUACAAACAAGUUUACCUGCACGUGUAUGUUCAAUUUGUAAACAAUAUAUCCCAUCAUCAAUACGUUUACGUAAUCAUUAUAAAAUUCAUGAACAACAAUAUGCAUCAAAUUUCUUAGAUUAUAAUAAUAAUAAAGAAGAAGAUUGUCUUGAUGAUAGUGAUUUUAAUGAUCCAUAUGAAAUGUCAAUGAUACAAAUAAAACCGACACAAACUAGUGUUUGCUUAUUUACAGAUAUGAUUGAAUGGUUAAGAUCAGAUUUUGAAGAUGAUCCUAUUGUUGAUACAAAAGCAAAAUCAAUAGCAGCAACAGCAUCAGCUAGUAUUCGAAAAGAUAAACAAAUGGCUGCUGCUCAAGCAACAAUGGCAACAACGAUGACAACGACUACUACAGCAACAACAACUAUACAAGAAGAGAAAUGUAUGGCAAUGACUACAAGAAGUAAAACUGUUAUAAAAGAACAAGUUACAACAAUAAGUGAUAGUACUCAAAUGUCAACAACGACAUCAAUAACUACUGAAACUAAAUGUUUAGGUGAUACUCAAACAGAAAAUGGCAGUAUGUUAGAUGCUAUGGAACAAUUAGGUAUGGUAGAUGAUACAGCAAGUUCAAUUGAACGAGUACCAAGUCAACAAAGUUGGGAUGAUCUUGAUGAUCUCAUUGACAAAAUUUAA